AUGAAAGACAAAGACCUCACAUCCAUAAAAGCCCUCUCCCAAUCAUCCCGCCCUUACCCCAGCACUCCCCGUCUCACAUCUCAAUCCUCCUGCGUCGGGCCAAAGUACUUCUCCUCCAACAUCCUCCCAGACGACGAUAAUAUGGAUGAUCUCCUCAUGACACCGCUACCUGAUCCACACUCCCCAGAACCACUCCAGUCUCCUCCCGACACCCCUACCCCAGCUCCUCGCGAAAUCCCUGCGCCCCCCCCACCUGAUGACCUCCUCAUCAUGCAGGAGUUUCGUGUAACAUCCUCCAUAGAGAACCCUGUAGCGGGCGUCGCCAAAAACAGAAUAGCGGAAUCCAUCCACGCCCCAUCUAACUCUGCGGACCAGACAAUGACAAUCCUGGCUAGCCCCACCUCCAUGCACAUCCCAACCCCAGAGGAGGAGGUCAUCCUUGCGCAUCUAGCCCUGGCGGUUCACCCCAACCCAAUUGGAGGAUUCCUGAGUGUGCAUAUGUCUCACUCCGCUCAGAUCUUUGAUCACCUUGACAAUAAGGUAGAACACCCAAAGUUCAUGAUCAGAGUCUUCGACCACACCGGAAAAGAUGUCUUUGAAAGCAGUGGCAAACUUUGUGCACCAAGGCGCCCCUCCCGAGGAAGGAACUCCAAAGACUUCCCUGUCGGCUACCUAGUCCAUAACGUCUCAGAAGAGACAAAAGAACUCAUUCUAGGACAGCGAAUAUGGUCCGCCGUAGAUGUCACCUACAAGGCACUCCCUUUUAACUGUUCGCAAACACCAGAGCUCCUAUUUUGCCUUUCCGGCUUCACCACCUCUGAUACCAACAUCAUCCGCAAAAUGGUCGCGGAUGUUUGGGCCCUAGACGAGAACAGAGGCUACAUCAAUGAUAUUUUUUUCAUGAGUGAGAUAUGCAAAGAGGAGAUGGUAUACAAAGCUACACGAGACCUAAUCAGAUUGAUCUGCGUAGAGCACCUUGACUUCAAAGUCACAGGCGGACUCUCAGUACCCCGCUUCAACAUUUUCGCCAUUAGCCCAACCAAUGACGCCAAAGCUUGGACUGACCUGAGAGGCUUUCUCCACCUCCUAGACUAUCCAACAGAUCUAGAUGGCUGUGGUGCCACAGUCGCUCUAUCCCCCUGCCCAAUCUGCCAUUCCCUCGCCCACCCGCGCGGCCUAUGCCCGUUCCCCAGCAUUCCAAAAUGGAAUGGCCCCACCAUGGGAUUUAGAACGGCAAUCAACGCGUCCUGCCAACCUGGAAGGAUGAGAAACAGAAAACCUGGAAGGAACACCUAG